AUGGCACAACCAGGCUAUCCAGGAUAUCAGCAACCAGGGCAACAACCUUACCCUCCUCAGCAGGGCUAUCCUCCACAAGGGUAUCCUCCUCAGCAACAGUAUGCUCCUCCACCAGGCGCUCCGGGACAGCAACCAUACUACCCACCACAACAGGGAUACUACGCACCUCCUCCAGGUGCUCCUCAGCAAUACGCUCCUCCUCCACAAGGAUACUAUGCCCCGCCACCAGCAGGCUAUACCCCUCCCCCAGCUGGCUACCCACCAGCGCCAUAUCCAGGCCAAGCUGCUCCAGCUGGCUAUCCACCUGCACAAUAUCCGGGACAGGCACCAGCACCAUAUCCAGGUCAGCAACCACCACCACAGCAACAAUAUUAUGCAGCACCACCACCAAAUGCACCAGGCUACCAACAACAGCCCUAUUACCUUCCUCAACAGCCUGGAUACGGCCCAACAAACGGGGUUCCUGCUACAGGCGGCGUUUACCAACAAGGUUACGCACAAGGUCCUCAAGUAGGAUACACUAGCGGAUACGCUAAUACUACUUCGUUCUAUGCAACGACUACACCGCCGCUAAGCAGUCAACAAGUAUCGACGUACUGCAACCAGUUGAGAACUGCUAUGAAGGGACUGGGCGCUGAUCACAAAACUAUAAUCUCCGUACUGGGGAACUUGACACCCGAGCACGCUGCUCAGUUAGAUGUAGCUUAUAAAGCCUCUUUUGCUAAAUUCUUGCAUGAGGAGGUGAAAUCUGAAACAUCUGGGAACUACGGCCACCUCGCUGUCGCUUGUUGUAUGAACUUGGCUGAUUAUGACGCCAAAUGUUUGUAUGAUGCUAUGGCUGGGCUUGGAACUGAUGAAGAUGCGCUUAUCGAGAUUUUAGUUGGACGCACCAACGCUGAAAUGAUGGCCAUUAAAGCCGCGUAUGCUCGCAUGUAUAACAAGGAUCUUGAGAAGGUCGUCAAGAGUGAAGUCGGUGGAAACUUUGAAAAGACUUUGGUUGUACUCUUGCAAGCUCAUCGUGUUGAGACCCAAGAGAAGCUUGACCCGGCUGCAGACGUGCAAGCGCUAUAUGCUGCAGGAGAAGGUCGUAUCGGUUGCGACCCAUUAAUCUUCAUCAGCAUUCUGUGCAACAGAAGCGAUGCACAUUUACAGCAAGUAUACGAGCUUUACAUGAGAAACCACGGAAAGGACAUUACCAAAGUAAUCAAAUCUGAAACUGGACACCAUUUGGAAAAGACGCUGUUGGGCAUCGUUGCCUCUACGAGAGACAGGCCAGCCUAUAUCGCUGAAUUGAUUGAGAAAUCUAUGGCUGGUGUUGGAUGUAAUGAACACGCGCUGACUCGAUUGGUUGCACGUCAUCGUGAUCCACGUGUAAUGAGUCUCAUCAAAGCAGCAUACCAACGCUUGUAUAACAAGACUCUCUAUGCUCGAGUCCAAUCUGAGACUGGCCACCACUUCCGCGAGUUGUUGGUCACCAUCAUUAAGGCUUAA